AUGUCCGAUACAAAACCUCCGUGGGACGAGCGUACGACGCUGCUCCGGCCGCCGCCGCCGAACCCGCACAAGGCGCCGAUUGAAAACGUGCUCGAGGUAACGGAGCUGGCCGUCCUCGGACCUGACAUCUUCACCAAUGCGCGCGAGCCGUGGCACCCGCCCGGUGCGCGGGGCAUCUACGGCGGCUCCGUGAUUGCGCAGUGCCUCGCGUCUGCGCAAAAGACGGUGCCGGCCGAUUUCCUCGUCCACUCGUGCCACUGCUAUUUUCUCCUCGCCGGCUCCGGCACGACGCCGAUUCUGUUCCACGUGGAGCGCGUGCGCGACGGGCGGUCCUUUGCGACGCGCACGGUGCAGGCGCGGCAGCGCGGGCGCUGCAUCUUUACGACGACGAUUUCGUUUACGCGCGAGGGCAGCGCGGGCGCGGGCCAGGUGCACCACGCGGCGGCGCUACCCGGCGGCGUGACGGCGCCGCCGGACGACUGGGACGGCGAGCCAGAGUGGGAGAAGCACAGCCCCGUGCAGUCGCUGACGGUGCCGUGGAGCGACGUCGCCGAUAACGAUGAGUCGGUGCCGAUGGACCAGCGACGGCAUCUGCGGUGGUCGCGCAUGCGCGGCACCAUAUCCGACGAGGGCGGGCACCAGGCGCACCUCAACGCGCUGGCGUACAUGUCAGACAGCUGGUUCAUCGGCACCGUGUCGCGGCUGCACCGGCUGUGGCGCAUGCCCUUUGCGCCGGCCGACGUGCCGGAGCUGCCGGACACGGUGCGCACACAGGUCCAGGCCAUUCUCGAGAGCGACGGCUUUGGACGCGGCGGCGGCGGCGGCGGCGAUGACGACAAUGAGGUCGCAGAGUGGGAAAAGAGGCCGCGGUUGGGCAUGAUGGUGAGCCUGGACCACAGCAUCUACUUUCACGAGCCAAAGAGGGUGCGCGCCGACGAGUGGAUGCUGAGCGAGAUGCAGAGCCCGUGGAGCGGCGAUGGGCGAGGUUUUGUGGUGCAAAAGAUUUUUGGGCGUGACGGGACGCUGCUGGCGAGCUGCAUGCAAGAAGGUGUCGUGAGGCUGGACAAUAAGGGCAGGGAAAAGGGGGCCAAGAUGUAA